AUGCUGCAUCAUAAAACUGAGACGUCAGUUAAAUACCCAUUGUACCCUGUCAAAGGGUUGAGACCAUCAUCACUGCGCAAAUCGUCCUACUCCAACAGCAGCAGCAGCUGCAGCAGCAUCAACAACAGCAGCAGCGCCUGUCCCCCGCCGCCGCCCACGCCGCAUCAGAUCCAAGCAAACGCCAGCACCAGUCAGCACCAACAAAGGCACCAACAGCAGCAACAGCAGCAACAGCAGCAACAGCAACAGCAUCCACAAUACAGACGCAACAGCAGCAGCUUGGCAGCGAAGCCUGCCAUCAAUUUGCUCAGCAAUCGACAGCAGUUCAACUACUUCGAGUUCCCAUCGCCGACUCGCACCGCCAGCUCCUUGCUGGCCAAUCGAUACACCGCUGCAGUCUCCACACCAGCGCUCGACUGCAAUCCCGGCACGAGCUGCAACAGCAACAGCCACAGCCACAGCAAUUGCAACAACCACAACAACAACAACAACAGCAGCAGCACCAGCUACAGCUCUGCGGUUGCAAAAGCGGCUGCUUCGACUGCUUGUGCUCUACUUGCCACGUGCCACGUGGCCAGCAAUUCGUCCACAGCCCCAGCUCCGGCACCUGCACCAGCACCAGCCCCAAACCCAGCCCCAACCACCUGUCAGCCAGAAACCACAAACAGAGAGAGCAUGGGUCGACGUGAGAUUAAACGCUCCAAUACCAGUGGCUCCACCUCCAGAUCAUAUGACAGCGGCAGCGCAACCACAAAUUUUGUUGGAAAAUUCACGCAAAGCGUGCGCCGCAUUGUGCAGGAUGUGAAGGACGAGGGCGCACCGAGCGGCAUGACGCGCGAUGAGGUUAUCGAGACGAACGAACGCUUGAGAUCAUUACGGCUGCGCCUCGAGGAGUCCUACGACACGGUAAAGAAAGCACUGAUUAAUCUAAUGAACCAAUACGGCGACUCGAAGAGCCAUCGCAACAUCUUUCAGCGCUAUCCCAUGCUCAAGCUAAUGAUUAAGGAAGUUAUACGGCUGGAGACUCAGUAUUGGACGUUAGUCGAUAUUCCGCGGCAGGAGAAGCAGGAAACUGUGCCCUCGUACGUGAUGCGCGCCUGCUCAAUCAUGGAGAAGACCCAGAAGUCGGGCGAGGGCGUCAAGACCUCGGCCCGCCUGGCCGAGGAGGCGGCUGAGCGCAGGGAGCGCAUGGAGCGCCUGGAACACAUGACAACGGCACAAAUUGAGCUCGAGAAUACGCAGCUGAUUAAUGAUUUAUAUCGCUUGCUGAAAAAGUAUCUGGGCUUGCGGCACUUGAUACGCGUGCUAAAGGAAGAGUACGGCAGCUCAAAGAUGUAUCCGAUAUUUCCGCGGUACACAAUGCUCAAGGACAUGAUAAAGGGCAUUAUGCACGACCCCGACUACAUGGAGGUGUGCCAUGAAACGCUGGCCAACUCCAACUGAGCCGAGGCAUCCGGAAAUGGCAGGCGUCGCAUGAGUGUCAUAUGAGAGGGCCAGCAGGAGACAGCAGACAAUGCGGCACACGCACACUAAUCCAACCGGACCGGACCGGACCGGAUGUGUGUGUGUGACUGUGUGAGUGUGUGUGUCUGUGUACUGGAUUUCAUAUGCGACUUUCUGCCAUCUUCCGAACAUGUUUAACAAUUUUCAAUGAACGUUAACUUUUUUGCAUAGUUAGAUACAAAUCUUUAGAUAAUUUUUAGCCAAACA